GGGAGAUGUCACAGAAAAGGUGUUUUUUAUUUUUGAGGGAUCUUUUAUUCAUGCCUAAUUUGGAGCAGGUUAUAUGCUAGUAGACCACUAGCCGGUUUGAUUGAAUAAAGUAUUAUGCAAAAUCAAAGAAUGUUAUCUUAUUUGAACACCCAAAGCUGACAUGUGUAAGACCCAUUCUGUAUUAAUUACGGUUCUCCACAUGAGGGCGUACCAGACCAACAAUGGGCCCCUGGUUUACCAACUGAAGGCAGACCACGUUGCUGUAAAUUAAAAAUCAGUAAAAAAUAUAUAUAUAUUAGCAGCACGUAGGCCUACCUGUGCAAUAUAUAUUAUUUCUUAAUUAGCUUAAAACUUUUGUUCACAACGAGAUAGCUAAUGUUGCUACGCUAGACGGUCCAACCGAUCCCUAGAUCCCAUCGAUGUCGUAGUUGAGUUGCAGGCUGUGCAGAAAGGUGGCUUACGCUCAGCUCUGCUCCCACCCCGUCCACUGCAACCCGACACGGGACGGGACCAGGUCGGCUAGCUCAAUUAGCCAAGUUAGCCCUUCUAGUGCCUCGGGAGAAUCCAACCAGCACACGUCUCAACCGGACCUUUACAUCGCGGCGCUAGAGCUCCCGAGGAUCGAAGAGACAGCGGUCUGUGUGCGUGUCGGUGAGUUGUCUCUCAAAUGGGGGGAAAACGAUCCGAGACGUUUUGUCCGAUUUACGGGACCCAUGUCCAGCGUCCCUCGUUAGCUCCUGCUCGCUAGCACACAAGCUGUUGAUUAUUGUUUGUUGUUUUACUCAAAUAGAUAUAUUGGUUUUUGUUGCUUGUCAACUUGGCGAGAACAGUUGUCCAAAACACUUGGUCUGUGUCUGUCAAUGCUUGUGUUCCCUUGAGCCUGGCACUAAUAAGGAAGAGGCAUUUGAACACUUGUUGCGAUCUACCGUCAGUGGUUUAGCGAUCAGAAUGAGUAGAUCAUGUUUUGUUUUUUGCUCAAAGAGGUACAAACAAGGUUAAAGGUAAAAAACCUUAUCGAUUACACUUCAGUUUCUGUAAUUCCAACAGUUUUGGCACUAAUCCGUGAUCAUAACUUGAGACUCGGAUUGACUGUGAUCGUUUCUGCUGAAGUCCAACCUGACAAACUAUAAGCACCUGUAGAACCUGUUCUGCGUUUAAUCUGGUUUAAGAUUGACAACGUUUUCGGAUGAAUACAUUUUAAUGUAUAUCUCUAUGGACUUCAUCUGCUGAACUGGUUCAACCAGUUAUCGACCACUUCCCUCUGAUGUAAACAAUCUAAAUCCAGAACGCAACACACCGGAUAUACGCUGGCUGUUUGUUGUCCUAAAGGUAAACCAAGAGUGAUGCUGGAAAAGUUCCUUCUGGAACUGCGAUGGUCAACUCUAGGCACCGAUAUCAAAGUCGCUCAUCGUCACGAUUAACGUGUGAACUACAUGUUAUGAACGCAUAGAUCAUAACCUACCCUCUUAUAUGAAGUUAUACCCUCAUCGGGAAAGUCUCUUCCGUACCUAACAUGCUGGUGAGUACGGAUGGCUGAACGGUGGCAUGGCUUCAGCAAGAAGGAAAUUGGAUCAAAUAGAUGUGUACAUGUCAGAGUUUUGACAUUUGUACCAGCCCAGUCAUAACACCUGUUAUUUGAGAGCGAUGAAAGGCUACUGUUCAGUUAGUAUUUUGCUAUGCUUGAGUGUUUAAUCCACAGAGAGAUAUCAAUAUUUGUGAACAUCUGUGUUAAGGUAAACGUUGUUGUGUUUUGGCUGAAUCAUGAGAUCAUAGAUCAUUCCAACAGGGUGGUGAAGAAGGGUCUGACAUUGGCACAGGUUUUGCCUCAGCCAUGACGGGUGUAAAGCUGUAUGUGAUGGUAACACAAAGUUAAUUUAUCCCCCCUCCCUUUUCUCUCUGUCUCUCUCUCACACACGCUCACCCUCUUCCUCCUAGUGUGAUAUGACACCACUGCAUGGUUACCUUAGAAACCAGAGCUCCACUGCAGACAGUGGACAUCAAGUUGGGUGGUUCUGGAAGAAUGGCUGCUCGGGUGGAGCUCCAGGCCGGGGAGGUUGGAAGGACGGGUCUGAGGGGUCGCAUGCACCUCAGUCCUCUGAUUGACUCCAGCAACAAGGGCCUCAGUGAGAGCAUUAUCAUGGACCCUACCAAACCUGCGCCUGGCCCAAAGCCCCGACUAACCCCAAAGCCCUUCGUCCUGGAGAGAAACACUACAAUCAAACCGAUACUAGCCCCUAAGCCCCACAACAAGGUCCACCGCGAGCCCACCCAGACUGUUAGCUACAAACCCGACCCUCCCAUCCCCCCUAAGCCCCAGCAGUCCGCUGUGGGGUCCAAACCAAGGCCGGUGUCAACCAACCCUGGCCGCCCUUCCUCUACCGCAAAAAACUCUGCUAUGCCGAGCGCUGGGCAAACUACCAAGCCAGUGGUCCCUCCUUUCAAACCAGCACCUCCUCUCACUCAAGGGGACUUCCGCAAACCCACACCUCCUAAACCAGCACAACGUCAGAAAAGUGACGCAUCUGGAUUGUCCUUUUCAAGGAGCCCUAAAAAGUCCCCCGCAGCGGAGUGGUCCGGAACAACCAAGAAGGAAGAAGACAAAGACAGGAUAUACUCCCAAAGCCCAGCGGGGACAUCCAUGACCAGGGCUAAGUCUAUGGGAUUCCUCAAUCAGCUCAGCCAGGAAGAGCAGCCGGAGGAAACCAAACCACAGUCGGUGGCCCUCCGACCUCAGCCCAGGGGCUCGCGGUCGAGGCCUGUGUCGGCCAUCUUCCUUCCCUCCUCUUCUCCGAACCCUGAGGCCCCAGUCCUUUCUCCCCGCUGGGAGGGGCGACGUCCCCUCUCGGCCGACCUCACAGCGAGGUUCGAGUCUGUCAACCUUUCACUGCAUCGCAAGAACCCACCUGCGGACAGCAAGGAGAACACUCCAGAGCUGAGGAUGCCGACGAGCCUGGACAGAGCCUCCCGACCGGAGGGGGCCACACCGGCCUCUCAGGCUGCUGCCAAGCCCCUCCCCGCACAGACGGAGGGCAUUGAGAAGAAGAAGGUUGUGGAGGUCAAGAAUGAAGAGGAUGUGGCUGGGGCGUCCAGCAUCAAGAGACGUAUCAGUCUUCUCCUGGAUUCCUCCUCCUCUUCUUCUCCUUCAACGGGGGCCAUUGACCAGGGUUCCACUCCUCAGCCAAUCGCAGAGCCAGAAGCAGCACCACCGGGUAUCAAGCAGCGAAUCAAAAAGCUGACUGAGGACGUACCCUCCGCCCCCAGUCCUCCGACUAAGCCAACGGUCAAGCCCCUACCUCUGGACCUGACAACAAGGUUUAUAUCUGAAAGGUCGACCGACCUUUGCAGCCCCUCCCUCAGUGAACCAGAACAUUCUUUCAGGGCUGACCGAGAUCCUCAGCAGAGGGUCAAAGAGCCGGCUGUCCACCCUGGUGACCAGAAGAGAAAGACGGAGCCCGCUUUUCCCUCCAUCCCCGCCGGGUCGGACACGGGAACGUCCUCUAAAGACGGCCGACUCGGCGGCGAGACGCAGACGGUCCGGGCGUCGCUGUUCGAGUACACGAUCGAACGGCGCAGCGUGCUGGUGGUGGAAGGCGACGACCACAAAGAGCCGGUCGCGGUUGCGGUCGGGUCCUCCGCCCCCCGAGUGCCCGCGGAGGACGACGGGACGCUGGUCACCGCCACGUACCGGGAGCCGGAGUCCCCCACCGGCCUGCUGCGCGUGUCGCACUCCUUCGACACGGUGCCGGCGGUGGAGGGCAGCAGGGCAGUGAGCGAGAGCCUCCCGCUGGCGUGCCUGGAGGACAAGGCCAUGACCCUGCGCUCCCGCCGCUCAGACGUUGGCCGGGGGUCCGCAACGGCCAGGGCGGCGCCGGAGCACCAGCCGGCCGCCGUUCAGGGAGGGCCCGCCGUUGGCCUGGAGGUGCAGCCGCGUUACCUGAGAGUCGGAGCGCUGCCCAAGUGGAACGCCGCAGACACAGAGCAGGAGGACGGGGCCGGGGGCAGGCCAACGGCUCUGGAGGCGGAGGCGGAGGAAGCGGCCCCCAAGCGUCUUAAAAUGCUUGGGACGGACGACCAACCCAAACCCAAGGCGACGUACUUUGCACUGACGGGACAAAUACAGGAGGCUGUAAGUCCUGGGGACAGUGGGCCAGACAGAUGGUUCGCCAAGGCCGAAACCCUGCAGGACCCUCCACCGCGGUCUGGGCCUUCGGCCUCCCAAGGGAGGAGCGUCCCAAUGAGGAACCCUUCGUUUGAGGAGGUGCUCAGGAAGAACCAAAGUCCAGCCGAGGAGCCGGUUCGGGAGCCGCCGUGGCCCAUGCAGGUGACUGAAGAACAGACGGUGGAGACGGAAAGACAAAGGGAUCAGAGUUGGAAGGCUGAGAGGAGGAAGACCAGGACAGGCGAGCUGGAGAUGCUGAGACAGGUGGAAAUAGAACGGCAUCAGCAUUUAGAAUUUGCCCGCAUGAAGGAGAGGCAGCGAGAGCUUGACCGGCAGGGACAGUUGGCGUUUGAGAAGGAGAGCCUGCGGGAGUUUGAGCAGCAGAAGCAGGCGUCGCUGGACAAAGAGCAACAGAGACUACGGGCUCUGGAAAGGGAGAAGCAACAACUCAUCGAGAGAGAGAAGCAGCAGGAUUUGGAAAAACAGAGAGAGGUGGAGAGAGAGAGACAGCGCAACCAGGAUAGACAAAGGGAGCUUGACAAGGAGAAGAAGCAGCUGGAGAUUCAGUGGGAGCGUCAGCAGCAUGACAAAGAUUUGGAGAGGAUCAAGGAGAUGGAGAGGAGAGAGUUAAUGGAGUUUGAGCGACAGCAGCAGGCGGAAAGGAGACAGAAAGAGAAGGAAAAGAGGAAGCAAGAAGAAGUGAACAAAAUCCGACAUGCUGCCAUACAACAACAAGAAGAGAGACGGAGAGAACUAGAGAGACGGAGGGAGACGGAGAGACAGAGAGACCUCGAGAAGGAGGUAGAGAGACAGGGGGAGAUAGAGAAAGAGAGACACAGGGAGAUUGAGCGAGAGCUCCAGAGGGAGGCACAGAGACUGGGGGAGCUAGAGAGACUGAGAGAUCUAGAGAAAGAGAGACACAGGGAGACAGAGAGACAGAGGGAGCUGGAGAGACAGAUGGAGACAGAGAGACAGAGGGAGGUGGAGAGACAGGGAGAGAAACUACGGCAGGCUGCCAUACAGCAAGAAGUAGAGAGAAUGAGAGAUCUAGAGAGACAGAGGGAGACAGAGAGACAGAGGGAGCUAGAGAGACAGAGGGAGCUAGAGAAAGAGAGGGAGCUAGAGAGACACAGGGAGCUAGAGAAAGAGAGACAGAGGGAGCAAGAGAGACAGAGGGAGCUAGAGAAAGAGAGACAGAGGGAGCUAGAGAGACAGAGGGAGCUAGAUAAAGGGAGACAAAGGGAGCUGGAGAGACAAAGAGAGGUGGAGAGACAGAGGAAAUAUGAUUUUGAGAAGGAGCAUCAGAAGCAGCUGGACUAUGAGAGACGGGAGCUGGAGAAACAGAGUUUAAAGCAGGAGAAGGAGAGGCGGCAGAAGACUGAGUUGGAGGCGGCGAUGGAGAUGGAGAGGCUUCAGCUCCUGGAGCUGGAGGAGAGGAAGAGGCUGAGGGAGAAGAGGGGGAGAGAGGAGGCCGAAAAACUACGGCAGGUCGCCAAGCGGCAGGAGUCGGAGAGGCAGAGGUUGACAGAGAAGAAGCGGAGGGAGUCUCAGGAGCAGCUAGCGCUGGACCCAUCGCCUCUCAGGCCCAGGGUCCUGGAUCUGGACUCUGUGUUACGAGACGACCCGUUUUCCAAAGCCCCUUCCCCCCAGCUCGACGCUGCGGCCCGCUGGAAACGCCCUUCCCCUAGAGCGGAGGAACCGUAUAAACCGGCCAUUCUGGACAUAGACUCCUUCACGUCACAGACCCAGCCCUCGCCCAGUAGAGAGGCCCCCCUCCAGUUCCCGGACCACUCACAGCCCCUCACCCCCGAGAGGGACGGUAUCCACGACGUGCCACUGGACACCUUGAAGGGGCGGCUGAGCCCGGAAUGGGUGCCCUCCCCCCAGGACCCGUGGGAGCUGAUGCCCGCCAUGGAGAUGUCUGUAGACGUCCCCACCGGACCAGACACCCCCAGGAGGGCGGCGGGCGGAACCAUCCUGGAGCAGCUGCUGUACCGGCAGGGGGAGCGCCGGCCGGCGGCGGAGAGGCGCUGGUCGGCUCUGGUGGACGAGCGCCCGCCCUCGGGCCACACACUGCAGAGGGACGCCUCGGACUCGGCGGGGCCCGCCCCGGAGCAGGUCUGGUUCCCCAGGGUGGAGGAGCCCCCCGCCCCCCGGGCAGAGCCCCGCAGCCAGAGGAGAUCACACGGGUCCAAGGAGCUGAACCGGCUGCGGUCCCGCAGCGUGUGCCGCCGCUCCGCCCCGCCGGAGGGCCCGGUGGAGGUCAGCCUGUCCAGGAUGAGGAGCCGCAGUGCCCACAGGGAGGGGGACCGUCCAGGCUGGGUAAAGCUGCAGCACCAGGGGUCUGGGGAGGAGGAGCUGAAGGACCCCGACACGCUGGUGCAGGAGUCGGACAGCCAGUACGGCACCUGGGAGACGGGCCUGCACACGGACGACAGCCUGACCCCGGCCACGCCUACUUCAGACGGCGCCCUCUCCCCUUCGCCAGGGAAGCCCUCUCCCUCCCACACGCCGGCCCACCAUGGCCUGCCCUCCGAGCUGGACGGCUCUGCUGGUCUGUCCCCGACAACCCCGGCCGAGAGCCAGCAGCUCUCCUUACCAGAGGUGUCCACGGUGCUGCUUGACACCAGCGUGCUGCGCUCCAGGGCCCAGCUGGGGAAGAGACGGGCCCCGCGGUCCCGCCCCACCAGGACCGCCCCGCCCCAGGGAGAGGGCGGAGCCACCGACGACUGGCGCUUCAGAGACUCCACAGAUGAGAAGCCGGAGUUCAAGGAGGACCCUGAGGAGCAGACAAGAGAAGUGGAGCCCCGCUCCACAACCAAUGCAGUCUCCCAGCCCCAGAGGAUCCCCCUGUUCCCUGGGAUGGACCCUUCCGCUCUCAAGUCGCAGCUGAAGAAGAGGGCCGACUCUGACAACCUGGUCGAUGUGGGGACUCCCUCUCCCUCCCAGUUGUCUCGAUCGCCCAAGUCCCCCUUCCUCCCACGGGCCACGCGUGUGCUGCCCCCUUCUGGUGGUAGAGAGAACGGUUUGGAGGACUCUCCUCAGUGGCUCAAAGAGCUGAAAUCCAAGAAAAGACUGAGUCAGUAUGACUACGACGAUUCUAAAUAGAUAAGAAGGUGGCCUUAAAACCCAAGAAUCUCUGAACGAAACGGAGGCCUUAACCUUUGACCCUGGACCCCGGGCCAGAGAGAUGUUUGGAGUAGAUUCUACUACUGCUGAUGCUGCUAACGCAUUUCUACUCCUUUUUUAUUAUUUCCGAAAAACAGGAUCAGAUAUUUUUGCACGGUGCCUUUGCUUUCCUUCUCCCCUGAGAGUGUCAAACGGAUGGCACGACGAAAACAUUGAAUAUCUUAUUGCUUCAUCACCGAUUAAUCAUCAUCUUUUACACUUUAUCACCGACCACGACCACAAAAGACGAGCAAAAAAAGAAUGUCCUGUCUGGCUGCACUCCAGAGAACGGUCGUCUGGGAAUAGCGUGAGCAGCGCCACCCGACAACGCCACCCGACAACGCCACCCGACCACCCGGUAGUGCUUCAGUAUUCCCGGUUUGGAGGGCUCUCCAGUCCUCUGCCGGCGUUCAGUCUUCCUUGUAUUCAGUGAGCGUACCGAUGGUUGUGGACGUGUUCGUACCUGCUCACUGCACACAGAAGCAUAUCCAUAAGCUUAACAUUCCACAUGAUCGGACCCCAGCGCCGCGGCAGAUGUCCCUGCCAGCUGGGGGGUGUUGUGCGUUACCCUGCUAAAUGCUGUAUUUGUAUAAACACUAUUUUUUUGUCAACACUAUAGAGGCCGGUUGGGUCUUCAAUCAUGUAACACUCUUCUACAUUCUAACAAGGCGUCUCGGCGCCACUGUUUAUUUUUGUAUUCUACGGGUUAAUCAUUUUUAUUUUCUCUAUCCUAAGUAAGUUGCGGAAAGAAGUGGCCCAUAUGUGUGUAUGCAUUUACUUUAAGUAACACUGUUAAAUGCUGAUUUUCUUGAGCACUGAGUGAACAAAGGGAAUCCUCUCUGUAAGUCAAUCAUCUCCCAGGGCGGGGAAACUUGAUCCAUUCACUACAUGACGUUCAUUAGCUCCUGCUGCCUUGUUGUAUUCCCUUGGACCCCACCCCCCCCCCCCUGUAUCUUUGCUCAAGAGCAAAUCACUACAUCACAUGAGAUGAACCACAUGAGUGAGGGAUGAGACUUAAAGGCCUCUUACGAGACAAAAACAUUCACUCUUUUGAAAAUCUUCAAAACUCGAGAUGAACAUAGUUAGCCCUCCUCCUCGUCCUCCCCUUCUUUAGUCGGUCUCCAACAUCCACCAAGCACUACGUCACUUAAUGCGCUGCAGCACCACCUCUGCUCCACCCGUGUGCAGUCGGCCACCCUUGGGCAGUCAACCAUCAUCUGGGGGGAUCUGCGGUAUAGAAAUGCUUACUGCAAUGCAACUGGAUGUUGACUCCGUCAAGUCUCUAUCAGUUUUUUUUAUCAAUCUCCCCCCCUCCUCGAUACGUCUGUAAAUUACUUUUUAUUUCUCUCGUACACGGAAAAAAAAUUGAUUUGUUUUUUAUGUUUUUAUUCAUGAUCAUGUUCAUUAUUUUUCUUUUUAUUUGAAAGUAACAGAUUUAUAUUUGCACUGUGUUGUACUGGCCAGUGUCCUAAAGUUUAAAUUCUUAAUAAAGAUAUAUAUGCAGUGAGCUACA